AUGUAUUUCUUCCUCUGUGUCCUCUCCUCCAUAGACCUUCUCCUUACCAACAACGUACUUCCUGAGAUCUUGGUCAACUGCUUCAUUUACAGGCCCACCAUUUCUUUGCACAGGUGCUUGUCCCAGAUGUACAUUGGUCUAUUACUGGUUGUAACAGAAUGCAUUGUUCUGGCCAUAAUGGCAUAUGAUCGUUUGGCAGCUAUAUGCCAGCCUUUGUACUACAUGCAGAUCAUGAGCUGGAGGCUGUGCAUUGGUUUAGUGGCUGCAUCUCUGACCCUUUCCCUCCUGACAACCUUGAUCAAUGCGCUCCUGCAGCCUACUGACUUCUGUGGCCGGCACAUCAUCAACCAUUUUGGAUGUGAGCUGCAGUCUUUCCUCAAACUGGCUUGCUCCGACACACAUACUAGUGAGCUCUUCAUGCACAUUUCCGGCGUCUUUAUUCUAAUACCACCCUUUGGCUUCAUAGUUGUGACGUAUGGGCGCAUAGGCCUGGCUGUACUGCGCAUCCGCUCAACACAGGGCCGCAGGAAAGCCUUGUCCACAUGCAGCUCUCACCUUGCUGUGGUGACUAUCUUUUAUGGCACAAUCAUGAUCAUGUAUUUGAGGCCACAAGGGAAAUUUGUUUCUGAAAAGGACAAAGUUAUAUCUUUAAUGUAUGGGGCUCUGACUCCCAUGCUCAAUCCUCUGAUUUACAGCUUGAGAAACAAGGAUGUGAAGGGAGCAUUUUGGAAACAUGCUGCAGAACAGGGGGAAAACUACACCAACUCCUGA